GGUACGCGCUGACUGGAGCAUGCUUGACCCUGAGAGAGUCAAUUUGUCUCAGCCAGUCAGCGGAAGCAAGUCGGAUGGACGACUCGCUGCGUGCUCCUUCAGCGUGAAAAUGAAGCUCCUGCUUGUGAUUCUGGCGUCAAUUUCGAUUGCUGAGAGCCAGUUUUUGACCUACGAGAUUCCAAGACCUCGGAUCACUGUUUUCUCGCCAAGAGCCCUUAGAUUUCUUUUGCCACACGAGGAUGGAAUCACACGCGCAGUUUUGCUGGCCAACGUGAAUAAGCCGCUGUCCAUAUCGGACACAACAGCCAGCUUGACCAAGGAACUCCGCCAAGCGCGCAGCAACCGCCUCUGGGUUUUCUUCUUUCCUCACGAAGUUCUCAAGGAAGGUGACAUCAUCAACUACAAACUUGCCGUUGAGCACAAGGGCAAGCUGCACUUUUCAGGACCACAUUCCUUCAGGGUCAAUGUCAUAACUCCACUGCCAAACCAAGCAGCUCAAGAAGUGCCCGAAAAUAUAACAUGGCCUGGAGUGGAGUUGAGUGCCGGGGGCAGCUCGCCAGUGCCGCCUCCACGACCUGCCGCCCCUGUGGCUCCCGCCGCAACGCCUCGUCCUCCGCCUCCGAAACCGCCGGCUGCGGCCACCACGAAACGACCUCCUGCAGCAGCUCAACAGUGCCGACCUUCGAGUACGGUUGUGAACGGAAAACCUGCCUGCAAAGGGCAGCUCCUUUUCCAAGAUCACUUCGACUCGUUGGACACACGCAAGUGGAAGCACUCCGUCUACAUUGCGGAUGCACCAGAUUUCGAAUUCUGCAUGUACACAAACCGAAAGGAGAACGCGUAUGUUCGCGAAGGUGUGCUCCACAUCAGGCCGACCCUCACUGAAAGCACUUUCGGUGCCAAUUUCAUCACCUCAGGCAACAUCACCCUUGAUCAGUGCACGGCGACGGUUAGGGACGAAUGCUCGCACCAAGCAAACUUCGGCUUCAUUAUGCCGCCUGUACAGUCUGCCAGACUCGCCUCGGUGCCGCAUUUCACUUUCAAAUUCGGACGCGUAGAAGUCAGGGCAAAGAUGGCUCUUGGUGACUGGCUCCUUUCAGGAAUCUACCUUGAACCUUUACGACGCACUUAUGGCCCAAGGUAUGACUCUGGUCAGGUACGAAUGGGAGUCUCCAAGGGCAACAUCAGGCUUGAGUGCGAUGACGUCGAAUCCGGAAUCUCGCUGGUCGAGUCUGGAAUAGUGUUGACCGCAAGUGAAGAUUACAUGCUACGUCAAUUGAGCUCUCGCGAGCUGCCCAAUGGUCAAGCGUGGGACCAGAAUUUCCAUGUUUUCCGCGCGGAUUGGUCACCCGACAAAAUCGUCAUUCAGAUUGAUGGGAACGUGAUCAACACAAUUUUCCCACCACCUGGAGGAUUUGGUACGUUAGAGGAAUUCUCGGAGAGCCCUACAAAUCCUUGGAGAGCAGGUUCCAAAUUUGCUCCAUUUGAUCAGGAGUUUUACAUCGCAUUCGGUGUUGGAGUGGGCGGCAUCCACGACUUCCCAGACAACUGCCUCAACAAUGGAGAACGUAAGCCUUGGACAAAUGGUCAACCCAAGGCAAAACUGAAUUUCUGGAAGCAGCAGAACAAAUGGUACCCAACGUGGGACUUGCAAGAUGGAUCCAUGCAGAUAGACUACGUUAAGGUUUAUGCGUUGUGAGGCGAGGAAAUAAAAGCAACUGAGUUGAUUUUACUGUGUGAUUGUGCGAAUGCUCUGCACUGUUUGUGUAAAAAAGAAUCACAAUAAAAUAAAUAAGUAGUUUACAAAGUGA